CCCCGGUGCCGGCUCGGGGAAAGUUGCGGCGAGCCCCGGUCGGCGGCGGCAGAGCCGGGAGCGCCGGGGGGGAGCGCGGGGGGAGCGCCGGGCACGGCGGCACCGGGGCACGGCCGCACCGAGACACGGCGGCACCGGUUGCACCGGUAGCACCGAGACACGGCGGCACCGGUUGCACCGGCAGCACCGGCGGCACCGGCAGCACCGGUUGCACCGGCAGCACCGGCGGUACCGGCAGCACCGGCGCUUUCCGGCCGAGCAUCCCCGGGGGCCAUGGAGCCGCCGCGGAGCCUCCCGGAGCUGGAGCCCGACCGCGACGCGCUGGACCCGGCCGGCGGCUGCUCCCCGCUGGAGGAGAAAUCCGUGCCCAGCAAGAAGAUCUGGGUGAAGCUGCGGGCGCUGCUGCGGUUCCUGGUGAAGCAGCUGGAGACGGGCGAGGUGAACGUGGAGGAGCUGAAGCGGAACCUGGAGUACGCGGCCUCGCUGCUGGAGGCCGUUUACAUCGAUGAGACCCGGCAGAUGCUGGACACGGAGGAUGAGCUGCGGGAGAUGGGGUCGGACGCGGCGGUGCCCUCCGAGGUGCGGGACUGGCUGGCGGCCACCUUCACCCAGCAGGCGCGGGCCAAGGGCCGCCGCGCCGAGGAGAAGCCCAAGUUCCGCAGCAUCGUCCACGCCGUCCAGGCCGGCAUCUUCGUGGAGAGGAUGUUUCGCCGGUUGUACACGGCCGUGGGGCCCAGUUAUUCCAGCUCCGUCCUCAACUGCCUGAAGAGCCUCGACGUGUGGUGCUUCGACGUCUUCACGCUGAACCAGAUGACGGAGGAGCAUUCCCUGAGGACCAUCGUCUUCGAGCUCCUCACCCGACACAACCUCAACAGCCGCUUCAAGAUCCCGGCCGUCUUCCUGAACACGCUGCUGGAUGCUCUGGAAACGGGUUAUGGGAAGUACCGGAAUCCCUACCACAACCAGGUCCACGCUGCCGAUGUCACCCAGACUGUCCACUGCUUCCUGGUCCGCACCGGCAUGUUGCACUACCUGACGGAGAUCGAGGUCCUGGCCAUCAUCUUCGCUGCCGCCAUCCACGACUACGAGCACACGGGCACCACCAACAGCUUCCACAUCCAGACCAAGUCGGACUGUGCCAUCCUCUACAACGACCGCUCGGUGCUGGAGAACCACCACAUCAGCGCCGUCUUCCGCUUGAUGCAGGACGACGAGAUGAACAUCUUCGUCAACCUCACCAAGGACGAGUUUGUGGAGCUGCGGGCGCUGGUGAUCGAGAUGGUCCUGGCCACCGACAUGUCCUGCCACUUCCAGCAGGUCAAGACCAUGAAGACAUCCCUGCAGCAGCUGGAGAGGAUCGAUAAGUCCAAGGUGCUGUCGCUGCUGCUGCACGCGGCCGACAUCAGCCACCCCACCAAGCACUGGUCGGUGCACAGCCGCUGGACCAAAGCCCUCAUGGAGGAGUUCUUCAGGCAGGGGGACAAAGAGGCCGAGCUGGGGCUGCCCUUCUCGCCGCUCUGCGACCGCACGUCCACGCUGGUGGCCCAGUCCCAGAUCGGGUUCAUCGACUUCAUCGUGGAACCCACCUUCUCGGUGCUGACCGACGUGGCCGAGAGGAUGGUGCUGCCCGUGGCCGAGGAUGGCACCAAAGGCAACAGCAACCCGGUGGCCAACCAGCAGGCCAGCUCGCAGUGGCGGCAGCCACCCCUGGAUGAGCACGUGGACGUGGGGGACAUCAAGGCCAACCUGGCCGGGUUCCGCUCCACGUGGCUCAAGUACCUCCAGGAGAACAAGCAGAAGUGGAAGGAGCGGGCAGCCAGCGGCAUCACCGACCAGUCGUCCAUCGACGAGCUGUCGCCCAGCGAGGAGCAGGCGGGCCCCGGCCAGCACCGGCACAACGGGGACGUGGAAUAACGCCGGGAAGAGCGAGGUCCUCAUCCAGCCAAGUGCCACCGUCUCACCCAAAGUCUUUGACACCAUCGAGUCCAGCCCCAUCCACAGGGAAGGAGCCGCCCGGGGACGCACAAGGAUCGGUGCCGGGAGCAUUCCCGGGAUCGGAGACACCCCCCCCCCCCCCCAACCUCUCCGAGCCGGUCACCGGUGCCGGUGCCGCCGACCCUGUCACUGCCACACCGAACCCAAGGGGUUUGGGCCACGACGAUGGCUUUUUAACAGAGCUUCUGCUCGCCCCAGCGCUGGGGACCGUGGUGGUGGCACCGGCGGGACGAGGGGACCGAUGCCACCGCUGGCCCGCCGGGUGCCAGCCGGUGACACGGUGAGGGGUGGCCCCCCUGCGCCCCGAGGGGAGGUGUCACCCCAAGGCACGUGUCUCUGUGUCACCCGGCGCUGGGGACGCGUCCCUUGGGGGGGCUGGUCCCCAAGUCUCUUGGCCCCAAAGGCACCUCAGGGGGUCCCCUCGGGGUCCUGCCCUAUGUGACAUGGGACAAGGAGGUGGUGCCGGGGCUGGAGCGGCGCCGGGAGCUGGGAAUGGGGCUGAGGUGGCAGCGCCAGCCCCUGGCUCUGGUAUCCCCCCCCCCAGGGUGCCUCCAGUGUCCCCCCAAUGUCCCCCAGCUCCAGCAUUGCCCUCGGUAUCCCCCGUCCCUGCUUCCUCCUGCCCUGCUCUGCCUCCAGCAUCCUCCUGCAUCCCAUGUGCCUGGAGCAUCCUCCUGCAUCCCGUGUGUCUGGAGCAUCCUCCUGCAUCCUGGAGUGCUUGGAGCAUCCUCCUGCAUCCCGUGUGCCUGGAGCAUCCUCCUGCAUCCCAUGUGCCUGGAGCAUCCUCCUGCAUCCCAUGUGCUUGGAGCAUCCUCCCGCAUCCCGUGUGCCUGGAGCAUCCUCCUGCAUCCCAUGUGCCUGGAGCAUCCUCCUGCAUCCCAUGUGCUUGGAGCAUCCUCCUGCAUCCUGGUGUGCUUGGAGCAUCCUCCUGCAUCCCAUGUGCCUGGAGUAUCCUCCUGCAUCCUGGAGUGCUUGGAGCAUCCUCCUGCAUCCCAUGUGCCUGGAGUAUCCUCCUGCAUCCCGCUGUGCCUGGAGCAUCCUCCAGCAUCCCGGCUCUGGUGUGCUUGAGCAUCUUCCAGCUCUGGCAUCCUCCUGCUCUGGCAUCCCAGCUCCCAGUGUCCCUCCAGCAUCCUCUGCCAUCCUGGUCCCAGUGUGCCUCCAGCAUCUUCCAGCAUCGCGGCUCCGGUGUGCCUGGACCAUCCUCUGGCAUCCCGGUGUGCUUCGAGCAUCCUCUGGUACCCGGCUCUGGUGUGCGCGAGCAUCCUCCAGCUCCAGCAUCCUCCUGCUCUGGGACCCCAGCUCGGGUGUGCCUUGAGCAUCCCAGCUCCUGGCAUUCCAAGAGCAUCCCGCAGCAUCCCGGUGUGCCUCCAGCAUCCUCCAGCUCCAGCAUCCUCCUGCCCGGGCAUCCUCCAGCAUCCCAGAUCCUGGUGCGCUUUGAGCAUCCUCCAGCAUUCCAGAUCCGGGUGUGCUCCGAGCAUCCUCCAGCAUCCCAGAUCCUGGUGUGCUCCGAGCAUCCUCCAGCAUCCCAGAUCCUGGUGUGCUCCGAGCAUCCUCCGGCAUCCCAGAUCCUGGUGUGCUCCGAGCAUCCUCCGGCAUCCCAGAUCCUGGUGUGCUCCGAGCAUCCUCCGGCAUCCCAGAUCCUGGUGUGCCUUGAGCAUCCUCCAGCAUCCCGGAUCCUGGUGUGCUCCGAGCAUCCUCCGGCAUCCCAGAUCCUGGUGUGCUCCGAGCAUCCUCCAGCAUCCCGGAUCCUGGUGUGCCUUGAGCAUCCUCCAGCAUCCCAGAUCCUGGUGUGCUCCGAGCAUCCUCCAGCAUCCCAGAUCCUGGUGUGCCUUGAGCAUCAUCCAGCUCCGGCAUCCCGGCUCCCAGUGUCCCUCCGGCAUCCCCCAGCUCCCAUCUCCACCUCCCUUUGCCCUCGGUGCCCAUCAUCACCCGUGGCGGGGCCCGGCCGUGUUUGUCCUUUGCCCCCCCCAUGCCGCGCCCCCCCCCGCACACGCAUGUGACAAGUGACACGCAGCAGCACCGCUAUCGAGCAAUGAAUAAACCACCACCACCAGCCUGGA